AUGGCACCGAACCCCCAAGUGAAACUAACAUCGUUUGAUGACGACGAAGUCUCCCAGGAGAAAGUCGUAAUUUCUGGAAUGGCUGGUCUUUAUCCCCAGUCGCACAAUGUCAAAGAAUUUCGGGAUAUUCUUUAUAACAAGGUGAAUCCCAUACAACCGAACAACGCCCGUUGGAAGUACAAACAUCCUGAAGUGGCGGAGAGCACGGGAAGACUUCCCGAACUCGAGUACUUCGAUGCCCAAUUCUUCAAGGUGCACUACCGCCUUGGAAACUCCAUGGAUUCGAUGUCCAGGAAGAUACUGGAGCAAGCGUUCGACGCUAUUUACGAUGCAGGUAUAAACCCCGACCAGCUCUCCGGAACUAAAGUAGGUGUAUACCUAGGCACCUGUUUCUCGGAAACUGAAAAAGCUUGCUUCUAUGUAGCCACAUCAAGAACGGGUUUUGGUAUUGCGGGAUGCAGUAAGAGUAUGUUCGCCAAUCGUAUAUCGUACUGGCUAAACGCAAAGGGCCCAUCUAUGUCUGUGGACCAGGCCUGUUGCAGUUCAAAUGUAGCUCUCGAACUUGCCUAUCAAGCUAUACGUCGCGGUGAAAUAGAUUCCGCCAUAGUUGGAGGCACAAAUCUGUGUUUACACCCACAGUCGACUGUACAUUAUGGAAGAAUCAUGAAAUUGAGUAAGGAUGGUAUAACAAAAUCCUUUGAUAAAAACUCUCAUGGCUGCGCUAAGUCAGAAGCUAUUAACGUGCUGUUUUUGCAAAAAGCAACGGAUGCUGUAAGGGUUUACGCUGAAGUCGUGUACGUGAAGUCCGAAUUUUGUGGCUUGACAGAAGGCAAAGACGGGCCACUAUACAGCUUCUAUCGGGAACCCAGUUCUUUGGCCGAAUUCUUGAAAAAAUUCUAUGAAGAAGCAAAUGUUCCACCGCAAUCCAUCGAAUAUGUUGAAGCUCUUGGUUGUGCAAUGCCCGAUGUCGACAAAGCGGAGUUAGAAUCACUGGAUAAAGUCUUCUGCAAUAAUAGGGACGAUCCUUUAUUGGUUGGGAGUGUGAUGUCAAACUUGGGCUAUGUAGAAGCAGCUUCUGGGAUAUCUGCUGUAACUAAAGUUCUUCUUGGUUACGAGAAUGGUGAAAUAGCGGCAAACCUUAAUUGUGAUGAUCCCAUAGAAGAUAUUGACGCUAUACGAAAAGGCAAGAUGCAGAUCGUUAUUGAUCAUAAACCACUUAAGCAAGGUUACAUUGCAGUGAAUGGACUAUCUGUGACCGGUGUUAAUUCUCACAUUCUGUUAAAAGGACUCAAUAAACCUAAGGCAAGUAACUUUAAUCCUGAUAUAAACCGCUUUAAGACAAACAUCCCUCACCUUUUAACGAUCUCGGGGAGACAAAAAUCUGCUGUUGAAAAGAUAUUCGACGACCUUAAAACACGACCAAUCGAUCCAGAAGAGUUGGCUCUGUUCCAUAACAUUCAUCAAGCGAAAAUUAGUGGACAUUUAGGAAGAGGCUAUAUUUUGCUAGAUACAAACAAUGAGAAGGAAACUGUUGUUCUGAGUGAAAAGACAGAUUUCUUUGAUGAUUUGAAGCGUCCGUUGUGGUUUGUGUACAGUGGUAUGGGUUCACAGUGGGCUGGAAUGGGAGCGCAACUCAUGCGCAUACCAAUAUUUGCUGCAGCCAUUGAACGCUGUCGAAGAGUUCUAGAGCCUAAAGGAAUAGAUAUAGUCCACAUAAUUACUGCUCCAGAUAAAAAGAUUUUCGAUAACAUCCUCAAUUCUUUUGUCGGCAUAGCGGCCGUUCAGAUCGGAUUGACUGAUGUGUUGCAGACUAUAGGAAUUGUUCCAGAUAAAAUUAUUGGGCACAGUGUCGGCGAACUUGGAUGUGCAUAUGCGGACGGUUGUCUCACUGCGGAAGAAAUGAUCUUAUCCGCUUACAGCCGAGGUCUUGUAUCAGUACAAUCAUCUUUCAUCCGAGGAUCUAUGGCUGCUGUAGGCAUAGGAUAUCAACAGGUUAUCAAAUUGUGUCCCCCCGAAAUUGAAGUAGCUUGCCACAACAGUUCGGAAUCCAGCACGAUAUCUGGGCCAGCAGAUAUCAUGAGGCAGUUUGUAGAAACUCUGACUGCGAAGGGUAUUUUCGCCAAGGAAGUACCCUGCUCGAAUAUUGCAUAUCACUCACGAUACAUUGCUGAAGCAGGGCCUAAUCUUCUGAAGUACUUGAAAGAAGUCAUAAAAACACCAAGAGCUCGUACUGAACGGUGGGUGUCCACCUCAAUACCUGAAGAUCGAUGGGCACAGCCACUCGCAAAGUUCUCCUCUGCAGAAUAUCAUACUAAUAACUUGCUUUGUCCCGUACUGUUUGAAGAAACAUCUAAGCACAUACCGAAAGACGCAGUUCUGGUUGAAAUAGCUCCCCACGGUCUCCUGCAGGCAAUUUUAAAACGAUCCUUACCACAUUGCGUGAAUAUUCCCUUAACACGACGUGGCCACCAAGACAACGUGGUGAUGGUCUUAGAUGCAAUCGGAAAAUUGUUCAUGAACGGAUACUGUCCUAAGGUGCAAGAACUCUAUCCAAAAGUAGAGUUUCCUGUUUCGACUGGAACACCAAUGCUGGGGCAUUUGAUAGAAUGGGCGCACAUGGAGAAAUGGAAUUUGCCUCUUUAUGUAUCAGCUCAUAGAAAAACCGCGGCAGCUUGCAAGUACGUUAUAUCUCUUCACGACGAUGAGCACAGUUACCUGAGAGGACAUGUUAUACGAGAAAAGAAGAUGUACCCUUUCUCAGCUGUUUUAGUCGCGGUCUGGGAUACCUUAGCUAUGAGUUUGGGCUUGAAGAAAAAAAGUCUAUCUGUCCAGUUUGAAUCAGUUAGAUUUUUAGCUCAACCUAUUCUACAUGAUACCCAGCAGUUGACGCUCAGCGUGUCUCUUCAACGUGGUGCUGGAAAGUUCGAGGUGCUCUACAAUAACGAAAAAACAAUAGUAGCAACGGGUUUUGUUAAAGCAAUACCAAAAAAUGAUAAUGAGAGAAUGUAUGCACGAAACACUACUAACAGUGAUGAAAAAUCUCUUAAUAGUAAUGAUGUUUAUAAAUUACUUUGUUCACGUGAUUAUGAAUAUAGUGGCGAAUUCCGGAGUCUGCAGUCGGUAAAAAUAUCAUUAAAUCAAGCUGAAGUAGCUUGGAAAGGCAAUUGGGUAACAUUUAUUGACGGUUUACUGCAACUUAAUACUUUAAAACGCCAACACACUACAGUUUCUCAGCCCGAUUCUAUAAGAAAGUUGAUCGUUGACAUUGAUGAGCACAGCAAAAUUGCCAGCGAUAUCAUUGUUGCUGAUAUCAUAGAUAUUUACGAUUGUACUCGGGCUGGUGGAGUUCUCAUAGAGAGUUUGUCUUUCCGUGAUUUACCUUUGAUUAGGAAUAACACCUCUAUCCUCAAAAGCUUAGCUUUUGUUCCGCAUUUGAAGCUUGAAAAAACCGAUGUGUUAUCUGCUGGUCAUGUCUACCUACAAAUAAUUGCUGAAAAUAUUAACAAAGGGGACAUUAAUUCUAUUGAAAUAGAAAAUUGUGGUGAAAUUGCAAAACAUCUUGAUGUUGAUAAUCUCCAUGUACCAGGGAUUAAAUUCAAGCAUAAUGCAACAACUCUGGAUGAAAUUGUGAAGCGAGGUUUGCCAACGACGGCUGAUGUCAUAUUUGUUCACAAUUUGUCAACAAAUACAAAGAUUACGAAUCUGUUUACAGAGUUAUUGUCUAACAAUACAUUUAUAAUCAAUGUAGAAACUAGACCAGAAAAUACAAUAGAAAAGCAAACGCCGUAUACAUUGAUAUGCAGUCAUAAUAUUGGAGACAAAAAAAUAGAAUUACUCAAAUGGAAAGCAGAAAAAUUCGUGGGUGGCACAAGUGCUUUUACUGUCCUUAACCAAUCCAAUUUAUUACAUAUGAUUUCAACAUUAGAGAGUAUACCUAUUCAUCAAAGAUUACUGGUCUUUGCUUCGCAUCCACCAAUACCAAAGUUGGUAGAUGUAGUUAAAGAGUUAAGGAAAAGUGGUCGUAAAAUCAAUUUAGUUAUGCUCAAUCAUAAAUUUGAUGAAGGUGAAGUUAUAGAAGACUUACCAAAGAAUGAUUUGGCUAUCAGCGUUUUGGAUCAUGGAGUUUGGGGCGGUUACUAUUAUUUACCAACGAAAACACAACAUACAAACAGUCAAGAUGCAAAAUUGCAAACUACAGUUAUAGGAGACCUGGAUUCCUUACAGUGGGUCAAGAUACCCAAAACUCCAGUAUCUGGUAUUAAUGUAAACGUACAUUACGCGGGAAUUAACGAGUCUGAUGUCAAACGAGCUUCUGGAGUUAUCAAAUUUCCGAAAAACUUACUAGGAAACUACUAUGGAAUGGAUUUCAGCGGUGUGACGGACAGUGGCACUAAAGUCAUGGGCCUCAUAAAUGGAGGUGCAGUCAGCAGCAGGGUGGUAGCCAAUCCAAACCUCUUGUGGCCAGUUCCCGACCAUUGGACACUUGAAGAAGCAGCCACAAUACCUCUCGCUUACUGCCAAGCUUUUUACUGUUUGUCAAUGAAAAAUAGGUUCUUCCCCGGAAAACGUGUUUUAAUCCACGGUGGAAGUGGUGCUCUGGGCCAAGCGGCUAUCUCAAUAUGCCUCGCAUAUAACUGUGAAGUGUUUGCCACUGUUAGUGAUAUCAGGAAAAAACAAUUUCUAAGGAAACUGUUUCCCCAACUAAAAGAACAAAAUAUUGGAUAUUCAAGAGACAAUACUUUUGGUGAUAUGGUGUUAUCUCAGACGAAGGGGAAGAGAUGCGAUAUCGUACUUAGCUGUGUAAGAGGCGACUUGAAGAAUGUCAGUUUAAGAAGUUGUGGAAGUUCAGGAAUCGUCGUAGACGUGGCUCAAAUCCAAAAUCACGACGAUUACAACUUCGGAAUGAACUCUUUGACCGAUGACAGAUCGUAUAAAAUUUGCGAUUUUUCGUCAAUAUUUAGAGAGGAAAACGUCGAAAUAUUUAAGCUUCUGCAAGCACAAGUAAGCGAAGGCAUAGUCCAUGGAUAUGUCCGUCCGUUGACUCGGAUCGUGUAUGCACCCGAAAACGUACCAAGAGCUUUUCGCCUAGUUGCGGCGAGCCAACAUCGGGGUCGAGUCCUUAUCAACAUGCAACUAGACAAACCCAUUAAACGGACAAGGAUAACUUAUUCACCGGAAAACUAUCACAUUUUAAUAUCGGACGACGAUGUUUUGGUGGCUGAAGUUAUUGAUAGAUUAAUUGACCAAGGAGUUCGGAAAGUGCAUCUUAUUACGUCCGAACAAUCGGGUCUUUUGCUAUAUAAAAUAAGUAAAUGGCAAAAUGUUGGCGUCCACUUCCACCAAACCGUACUACGGAAUAUUUGGAACAAAGACAAUGUUUCGAAAAUAUUGAACAGCGUCAAUAAACAUGAAAUAGAGGGAAUCUAUACAAUAAUUACAAACGACAGAAUGUUUAGUAAAAUACACGAGUUUUUGGAGGAUCUUGAUCUGAAAACUAGAGAAAUAUGUCCACUAUUAAGAUUCUUUGCCAUCAUCAAUGAGAACAGUGAAAUUGGUGAACAGGUUGCGAUAAAGAGAAGGAAUUGUCGUCAUGCCGCUACACUUGUUAAGCUUCCAGCAUUGAGAACCAAUGAAAACGUUGUAGCUCAAAUGUCUUUAAAUUCUGCGAUAGAAGCUAUAGAAGAGGCCCUACUUUUGAAAGAAACAGUGGCUUUGGCUGUUCCUUCCCCUAAAAAGAUUGAUUUUAUGAAAGAUAUUUGCACCUGGGCAGAUAUAUCUCUACCGACAACAAUUAACGAACAUCUUACUCUAUUAGAGUUGGGUAUGAAUCUGUCAAAGACACUUACGUUGCAAGCAUGCCUGAGGGAUUAUUAUAAUCUAUGGUUAACGGAAGCUGAAAUUCAGAAUCUAACUGUACAAAGAAUUAAAGAAGAAGGAAUUAAAAUAACAGAAUUAGAAUUUAAUGACCCACCAGGUCUUGCAGCAUUUUAUUCUUACAUCGAUUCUGAUGAGCUCUUGGCUUCCACGGAGAUGACGUUUUUGUCCACACUUACUAACAGUUCUUCGAUGCGUGACGACGAAUUCGACGCAGAUCAAGCGUUCUUGUGUAUAAUUCCUGGAGCAGAAGGUCAUCAUAAGCGAUUCCAAUUAAUGUGUGAACGAUUGAAGCUGCCCGCGUUGGUACUUCAACCCAAAACAGGGCACGAUAGCUCAUUGAAAGAAUUGGCAAGCCGCUUUGCGGAGAUUCUCUUGAUCCGGACGGGAUUAAAGAAUAACUUUUAUCUUCUUGGAUAUGAAUCAGGCGUCAUCGUAGCUCUAGAAAUAGCCGCAAUUCUAGAAGAUAAAGGUCUCACGGGCACAGUGUAUUGUCUGGGCGGGACUCCUAAAGAAAUUCAGGCGCAUUUCCAUUCAAAACUUACGGAUAUGGCUGAUGAUGUAUCACUGCAAGAAGCAGUAGGGAGACACAUGGUAAAACUUAUGUCAGGACAAGAUACCUGGUCACUGGACGAAUCCUUCAAGAGGGCAACCACCUGGCACGAGAGAAUUGAAUGCUGCGUUAGAGACCAAAUUGGAAGAGUUACCUAUUCCGCUCAGUACACUAGAGAAUUAAUAAAAGCUGCGCAUUCAAGGAUUGUUCAAGUCAAGAAGUAUUCUAACGAACCUAAGAAACUGCGUUCGCUGCUAGUGUUGAUGCGCGCUGAAUUAGAUCUGCCUGAAGACGUGACUGAUUCUUUGCAAGAUUAUUCACUUCAACCAGUAGUAGAAUACAAAUUGGCUGCUCCCCUCUCCUACGCAGCUAAUGAUUUGAGUUGCGCUGCAAUUAUCAAUAGACACUUGGAUAAUGAACUGCUAAAAGCCUAUGAAGACCGGAACAUUUGUGAGACAUAUUUGCUUAAUGCCGAUACUUUUAUGACAAGUGCGACUGAAUUGUAA